AUGUUGACUAGACCUAGGGAGAUGGAAGAUGUGGAUGAUUGGGGUAUACCACCUCCUGUGGACCCAAAUGAAUGUUCAGAUCAACUACGGGAUAAAGUGGAUAAUUUCUUAAGACUCAAGUACGAAAGAGGACAACAUGUCAAUAGUACUUUACUUGGUAGUUCGAGUUUUAGUAAUCCUCAUAUCUACGCAAAAUUGGUCGAAUACGUAGACAUCACCGAAAGGGCCUCUGCAUUUCCUUCCGGCGGUUGGCUGACGAGACAAGAUCUCGAAGAUCAGAUACCCAAGUACGGACCUACAGCUUUGAACGCCGUACAAAAAGCCAAACAAGACGAGGUCAGACGGAACCAAGAAACGGGAAAGAGAAGUAAUAUCAAUUUCCAAUCUGCUAAACACGAUGAUUCCAGACCUCGGGAAAGGGAGUGGAGGCGGGGAGAUGAGAAAAAAGUCAAGGGUGAUAGGGCUCGAGAUAGAGAGAGAGAAAAAGAUAGAGAUAGGGAGAGGUAUAAAAGGGAUGAUAGGAACGGUGGACGUCAUAAACAUUGA